AUGGAGCUGAACGUUGAUUGGUUGAAAACUCAGUGGAAGCAGAUGAGGUCAACCAAUGAGAACAGGAGGUUUAUGGAGGUCAAGUUGAAGGCUGUCCCAUUGGAAACAAAUUUGACCUAUUUAGGAUUGUCAAAAAGUAAGAACGACAAUGAUGAUGAUGAUAACAAUAUGUACGAUAAAAAUAGUUAUGUUAAACAUAAAAACCAGAACAACAACACAUCAACAAUCAAAAAACACAUCAACAACACAACGUCAACACAACAACAACACAUCAACAACACACCAGCAACACAACAACACACCAACAACAAAACAGCUUACAUGGAUUUAGGGAGCUUAAACAUCAGCUUCCUAAUUGGACCCUACACUCAUUCUCUCGCCCUCACAACCAACUCUCUUAACGUUCCAUACUUUGUUACUUCGUCUCAGCAAUGUUUUAUGACGUCAUCAACAUCACCACCAACAACAAUCAAUGAUGACGAAAAUGAUGAAAUAAGUUUUGAUGGCAACCAGAGUAAUGACGUCACAAUCAGCGUUGAUGAUAGCAUAGAUUAUAUAGCAAAAAAUGUUCACAAAGAACUGAGAUUGACUGAUUGGCCCUGUUUCUCAUUGGACAAUAUGAUCACCAUGUUUCAAGCUCCGCCCACCUUUGUACUGGUUGAUAUUUUGAAGUUAAUUAGGCCAACCAAUAAAAGAGCGGCAAUCAUUUACGAUAACAUUCAAGGCUUACAAUUGGCCAAUCAGCUGCUUAACGACAAUGUCCAGUCAAUCAAAACUUACCGUGUAAUUGGUAAUUUUCCCAAACUUACCAAAGAUAUUAUAUCAUCGAUCAGAAAUUCUCAAACUUUUAUUAUCGUUCUGAUGGUUGAGGAGGCCAGGUUGGAUGAAAUUAUGGUGGAGGGAAUGAGGACAGCCCUGAUGACCAGCCAGCACAUCUGGAUCGUUCACAACGUCAACGUAGCAGAUGAGUUGUUCGAUGAGUACACGAACAGUGGAGUCACAUUUUUAACCUUCAAAAGCAGCAACAACAUCAACAACAUCAAUGGCAACUAUGAGUACGGUCCUAGCGAACGAGUCAACCAACUAUCUUUGGAUGAGAUGUUAUAUUUGGAUUCUAUGCAUCUCAUUGACGAGAUAACAAAAGUUCAUCAGCGAUUGUAUAGCGGCAGAUGUUACAACAACAACAACAUCAACAACAACAUCAACAACAAUAAUAUGGUGAAGAGUAACUACUAUCACAGCAACUACAACAAUGAUGAAGAUCUUCGUUUAAAAUUCAUCAACAACUACACAAUCAACAACAAAAUGAAUUAUAUAUUGAAACAAAUCGAUACGGAGGGUUCUUCGGGACAAAUCACGUUCAACGACCAAUCGGCGAUAAGACAACGCAGAGGUCACGUGCUUGAUGUCGUCAUCAUCACUGAAACAAAACAACAAAAGGACCCUCCAUUUCUUAUAGCGAAAACUUCCUCCCCGACCUCUGACGAUGACGAUCGUUACGACGGCUUCGUAGUUGACCUCUUGAACCAGCUAUCGAAACAGUUAGACUUCACUUACAAGUUGUACGUCGUUGCAGACGGCAAGUUGGGGUCGAGGAGAGAGAAGGAAAAGGAGAGGGAACGUUGGGACGGAAUGGUUAAUGAGAUCAUCGAAGGGAAAGCAGACCUGGCCUUGGGCCCCUUGACAAUCACCUCUUCGAGGUCACGUGUCAUUGACUUCAGCUUUCCCUUUGCCACCUCCAAGUUAUCGGGCUUGGGCCUUUCCAAAUCUUCGAAACCUCAGUGGGUAAAAUUCGUUGACCCCUUCACACUGGAGACCUGGCUGACCAUCGCUGCAAUCCUUAUAUCAAUCACUCUUGUCUUCUUCUUCAUCGACAGAUGCACGCCGAGAUUGAAGAUGUUUUCAUAUCAGAAAAAUAUUUCUAGAAGGUUCGAUGGUGAAGAUGAUGAGGCUGGUGGGACUGCUAGUUAUGAUAAUGAUGGUUCGAAGAGCAAUAAAAAAUUAGUUGGUGACGAUUACGAUGGCGAUGGUUUUAAAAUGGGCAGCCGAAAAAUGAGUGGUGUGAGCAGGGUAAAAAGUGGAGAGUUGUUCAAUGAAACGUCGCAUCGCCAGUCAGGAACAUAUGAAGUAGUCAGCACGGCAGCUACAAACGCAACCAACACAACAGAAACUUCUAGCAACACGCCUGUGAGAGCUUCUAGAGUCGCAACAGCAGCAACCACACCAACUUCAACCAUCAAACGUUCUCCCAAACAAGCAAUAACAUCGAUCGAACGAAAAAAUGUUGACCAGGUUGAAAAAAUGAGCUUAUGGGCAUGUUUCUCACUCAGCCUAUCAACACUUCUUCUUAACAACCAAUCAAAUCCUCGCACGAAUGCUGGUAAAUUCUUAUUGGUUGGUCUCAGGAUGUGUUCCUUAGUUACCGUUGUCAUGUACGCUGCCAAGAUGGCGGCUUCAAUGACGACCAAUCAGCUUCAGGCAACAAAAGGAAGUUUGGAAGAGUUGAUGAUGAAGAAGGAAGGAAGAUUUGGGACAGUGAGGAACAGUGAAGUGGGCAUUAUGCUUCAAAGGUCACCAAACCCGAUUUAUAAGCACUUGUGGCAGACCGUACAACACAGGGAUACCUCAGGGACAGCGGAGAUGUACUCCAUCUUCCAGCUGUCGGUAACAGACAUGGUUGAAAGUACAAAGGAUGGAUACGAUAGAGUCAAGUCCUCAAAUGAGUACUACUUCCUCUGGCACAAUCUCGGCAAUAGAUACAGAGCAAUAAUAGAUGCCGGCUGCGAGAUGGAGAACGUAGAGAGCAACUACCACAGCAUGCAUUACGGCAUCGGCUUGAAAAAGAACUCGCACCUGAAGACCCAUCUGAACACCGCCCUCCUCCUCAUGUUCGAAGAUGGCUCCCUCAAAAAUAUUCAAGACAAAUGGUGGGGCGACAAUGGAUGCUUAGAUGGGAGACUACAAACAACAAAGCAUCCAGGUCAGUUAAACGUGGAUAACUUCAAGGCCAUCUUCAUAACGUUGGUCCUCACAGUCAUCAUCUCUGUUCUGAUGUGCGUGAUUGAAUGCAACGUCAUCAGUGGUAGGAACAAGAGAAGAUUCAAGAAGGUCAUCCAUCUCAAGCAACAGCGUUCGAUUGAAACGACUCUUACAUAUCAGCAGCAACAACAUCAGCCGCAGAAACCAAGAAGUGACGAUAAUGAUGACAGAGCUGAUGGCAACGAUGACGAUGAUGACGCCAACGUGAAAGUACACGAUCUUCUCUUCCAGCAACAAACUCAAGAUGCCACACUGCUAUCGAGGCAGACUCAAAUAUUUUGAAGAAACCACCAACUUCGAUGUCUCCAUCAUUCUUUAUCAUCUUAAUUGUUACAAUUGUUUUCAGGAUUAUCAAAUUUACCCCGUCAUCCAUCAUCAAAUUUUUUGAUGUUAAAUGCCGUUAUUAUCUCUGUACUGUGAACAUACUCAUAGGCUCAAAAGAACAUUUAUAAAAGCACAACUGUUAUCAAGUGCGAAACUUUACCGUUAUUAUUUUAAAAAUACACACACGUACAAACAUAGCUACACACACUUACCUGUAAACAUGCAGGCUGCCAGACAAUCGACCAGACGUAUUGUAGAAAGUUAAGCGCACGCAAGCACGGACGGCGCGCGACAAAUUCAUCAAAUUAAAUGCGUGACGAACAAUUUAGAGAAAUAACAUUGAUUAAUCAGAGCUUCAUAUUAGAAUAUACAUACCUUUUAUACUUUUUA